GUAAUCCAGAAAUCGAACUAUUCAGAUCCAAAAGGACCGUAUAUAGAUGAACCUAUUGCAGACGAGGAAUGGCUAACAGAAUACAACCGAGAACUAGAAGAAAUUGAAAGGAGAAACCAGGAGUUACAAAACCGCUUUGACAAGAUUGUCGAACCCGAGACUUGGUAAGUGUUUGCUCUAUUUCUCACCUUUUAAUUAUUAGCCUGAAAUCUUAUCGUACUAAGAUCAUCACUUGCCGAUAAAAAGAAAAGGAUAAAAGUUGUAUUCUUCAACUUAAAUACUACGUUCCUUCUUUUUAAUUUCAAAGGUGCUCAUGUGGCAAUUGUGCUCUUGAUCAGCUCCAAAAUUUCGGGGAAUGCCUCUGCUGCAAGGAAAUCGAAAAGUGCGUCGAAUCACUUGGUAGUACCGCCGUUCUGAAUGAGGUGGAAAUCGGUCCCGAAUGUAUUACAUUGCAUCCAGGUUUCAGUGUCGUUUGCCUUAACAGAUGGUCUCUCCGAUGA